AUGACCGAAGAACAACAAAUCCUGGGAUCACAUACACCAGAAUACCAAGUUGACAUCAAAGGCAUAUUUGCAAAAGUAAAAUGGACAGAUAUUCCGAUUGUUACAACAAUAAUUCUUUACUUAAUUUUAUUAAUAAUUGCUCUCAAGGUCAGAAGAAAUCCUCGACGCAGAACAAUCGUUUUCGUUUUAUGUUUAGGCAUUACACUAGGUAUUGGACAGCUUGGACCAAUAAUGGAAAAGAAUUGGAAGAUAUUUGGUUUUUCAGAUAACUAUUUUGAUGAAUUUGGUGUUUUCUUAACAUUUUUCUUUGCUUUGCCACCAGUUUUUAUUGCAAUUCUUCUUCUUUCACAAUUAGUUGGAAAUAUCACCGACAAAGUAAUUCAUCGCUAUGUUAAUAAUAGAACAGAACAUAAUGAACCAGCUGAAGAAAAGAAUGCAUCUAAAUCUGAAGAAGCAACAAAAGAAAAAAACGAUACUUCGAAUCCUGAUAAACUCAAGAAUGACUAA